GGGGCGGCCGAAGAUGCGGCCACCGUGGUCACUACCGAAGAAAAUGGUGCCCCCCUCAAAUCCUAGUGCCCUAGGCAACCGUCUAGGUCACGUAAAUGGUUGCACCGGCCCUGCUCAAACAGGAUGUUGCCAAAUUGUCAAGGGUUCAGAGAAGAGCUACAAAACCUGCCUUAGAGUGAGAGACUGAAGUGGCUCAAUCUAUGCAGUUAAGAAGGUUAAGAGGUAACAUGAUGCUGGUCUAUAAGCAUCGACAUGGGGAGGGGAUUGCUGAGAGCAGAGGGCUCUCCCCAGACAGAGUCAGCGCGAGAUCCACUGGCCAGGUGCUGAAGGGAGACAAAUUCAGACUGGUAACAAAGAGCCAGUGUUUAACAAGGAGGGAAAUUAACCCUUGGAACGGCUCCCCGAGAGACGGGGUGGAUUCUCCAUCACUGGGAGUGUGUCAUUGGAGAUGGGGCAUCUCUGCUCCAGCUCAGGCAGGAGUUAUUGGGCCGAAGGCAGGAAUUGCUGGGGAUGAUUACAUGGGGGCCAGGCUGGAUGCAUUCUCUGUCCUUAAAACCUUUGAACGAAUGUGAUAGCAUGUGUAGGAGAGCUUUGAUUUAACCCAUAGAAAUGUUAUGGGGGCACCAAGAGCCAAUCUGCAGUUAAGCUGUGUUCAAUUUCUGAUUAAAGUAGAGCUUCAGGGCCUGAUUGUCCACAUCCUUAUCCCUUGUGUACUCAUUUACCGCUGUGUACACUGAGUGCAGAAUAGGUAGGACAAGCUCCCAUGCCCAUCUGCUCGCCUUUCCCACCUGCUUUGCACUCUCAGGAGAAGAGAGAAUGAAAAGACUGAGGUUACUUACCUUGGAAAGGAGACCUAGAAGAGGGGCAUGAGGAAACUAUAUAAAAUACGGAGGAAGGGUUAUUCUUCCCAGAUGGGAAACUGAGCCACAGGGUAUUUAUUACAGUUAUAGAGGAACCAAGUAAAGUUGGGUCUCUGUUGUGCUGGGGACUGCACAGAUAUAGAGUAAGAGACACUCUCUGCCCCAAAUGGUUCAUAGUUGAAAUAGACAAGAUGAGAGGAGUUGGGAUGCACUGUACAGCAGCGGGAUGGUUGGCAAAUGUCAUGUUAGUGCCACAUGUUUCUGUUUGGGGAGGGUUUUGUUAGGAGGUGAUUAGUUAAGGAGUAAGAAGAAGACUAAGGGUGGGAAGCAGGGAAGGGGCAGAUGAAAUCUCUUGCCUAAGAUUAUUCAGGAUCUGAAGCCAGAUCCCCUGAGUCCUACUUCAGUGCCUUAAUUCCAAACCCUCUCUCCUCUUUUUAGGGCAUAGUUGGGGAGAGGGGAGGGGCCUCGCUGCUCAUGGUUUUCAUGCCUGGGGGGCUGUGGUGGAAGACGGUUUGCAGACUAUCUUAUGGCAUUUUCAUUUUUUCUAGUGUUUUAUCAGAGGAUCCAUAUGUUUUAAGCACCAGUUCCUCAGUGGAAGACAUGAUGACUCUGGAGUUUGUUGCUGUGUGGCCUGAACAUUUUAAAGUGAACGAACCGUUUGGCAAGAUUGUUGCUGCAGCCUACAGUCAUCCCGGGACAUACCAAGAAUUGGCUAGGAUGGAAAGAAGGCUCAAGAAUAACUACGGGUUCCUUAUCGUAGGCCACGCAAAAAUUCCUGCUUCUAAUCUACAAAGCAGACAACCCAUCUAUUAUAAAUAUGGGGUUAUUGACACCUACGUUGAUCCAAGAAGAAUUCAACUAGAGCAUAUUUAUAAAACAGUGCAAAAAACUGAAAAGUCUGAGUCCCAUCGAGUUCUAACUGUGCCUGAUUCAGCCAUCAGACCAGGAGGAGUGUGGACCCAAUUUGAUGACAUCUGUCAGUCUCCAGAAAAGUCCUGGUUUGGCUUUUUAUCAAGAGGAAAGUCCAAAGAGAAUGCUAGUGAGUCUAUCCUGCAAUUCCUGGAAAAUGAGCUACACCAAGAACUUUCUCUCCGAAAGGACAUCGGUGAUGUGGAAAGGAAGCUUGACUGCUACAAGGAGUGCUUCAAAACCAGCAACAUUGGUGAUGCCGAGCAAAAAAUAAAUGAUCAUGAAACUGACUUUGAUGAGAGAAAGGUGUAUGAUUACAUCCGCAAAUUCAUUGAAAACGUACUCAGAAAUCCCAGAUUUCGGCAUCCUACCAUUUCAGCGAUGGAUGUUCUCCUCUUUGUGUUAUGCACAGUAGUUCACCACAGUAUCCAUAUAAGUGCAGAGGCCAUGAGCAAGAUUGAACAAAUGGCCCAAAAUGUUGGCUCGCAGGAAGGCAAAUUCACCAACCUGAAAGAACCAAGAAAAAGCAAAUGUAUUUUGGCUCUGAAACAUGUUUGCAUUCAAAGCGCCAAAGACUCUAAGAGCACGUGUUGGGUCUGGCUGCUUCCUUUGCUGUAUGAAAUUCAAAGGGAAUCAUUUGAAAAGGCAGAGGACCCUUUACCUUCAAAAGACAUGCGGUUGCUGCCUUUCGCUCAGCUGAGGAAGGAUGGAGAGAAGCAAAUGAAAGUUCUGGCAAUGAUAAACGCCCAUCAGACCUUCAUCGGGAGCUGCACUCCUCUGGCAGAGAAAGUCAUUGAGAUGCUUGCCCUGAAGAAUUUUUGUAGAGAGCCUGUUCCUCACAUUCAUUUGCCACUGCAGCUUCUCUUGGACAACGUCUACCAGCGGAUCACCAGUCGCCUAGCAGAUGGUCGUGGAAUAAACGAAAGUGAUGUCAAUGUAGUUUUGAAGGACAUUGUCAGAAGGACAAAGGCUUGGCUUGGUACCAGACAUCAGACAGGAAAUGCAGAGGAUGUUUUGCAGCCAAAGGAGUUGGAGGAUGUUCUGCAGUGCCUUAAUUUAACACUCACCUUGGUCACAAAGUUCUUGAAACACCCAAAGAAAAUAUCAUUCAGCCCCGUGAUAACAUCACUGCAGAUUUUGGAAUUGUUCUCUAGAACAGAAGAUUUACUGCAAACCAAAAGGGAGUUUCAGGACCUUAAGCAGACCCAUGGGCCCAAGGAAUUUAUGAGUGUAGCAGAAUCAUGGAUCCAGGAGUUAUUUCCCAAACUGUCUGAACAGGAAAAAUUCUUUUUUGAUGAUAUUGACAAAUGGCAACAGCUCAUUUCCACUGAGUUAUUCUGUGAUAAGUGGACCCGGGACUGGCGAAAACUUAUUAAAACUUUGUUUGCGGAGUGCAUAAUAAAGGUGAACCAUAAACAUCUGUUUGAUUACUACUUGACUUUCAUUAACGUUAAAAAGUACCAAGAUUCAGAACUGGAAAACUGCUUUUCACAACACAUCAUUCAGAGUAUCAAAAGGCUGACAAAAAGCAAGAAGUCAGGGUUGAAAGAAAUUCUUCGCAAAUUUUCAAAGACGAACAAGCCAAUUCUUGCACAAAUCAUAUCUACUGUCAUUGAAAAUAUGUGGACUGAAGAAUUGAAUCAAAUAGAGAAUGCUAACCGGUUUGAAAAGAACACAGCCGACGUUCUCAUACAGCUACUCAACUCCUCCAUGGGCUUGGAUAUUAUCUCAGCUGUCAAAAAUUUGAAGCCCGAGGUUCAAAAUCAAAUCAGCAGAGAUGCACGACAGUUGCUUUCAAAAGUGUCUGAGUUGUUCUCCUUUGUGGGUCGUAGUAUAUUUUCGGGAGACGUCUCAUUCAAUGUACUAUCUGCCAUUCUAAACCACACGGAGGAAUUUGCCAAGAUGCUGACUCUCAUUGGUGAGUUUGCAGCUUCAUACUUUUAUUCCUAA